UGACAGUUUAAUCAAAAUUUAUUGCAAAGUAAGAUGGCCGUGUUUUGAGUUCGUAUUCAAUUUAAAAUUACUGAAAUAAUGGAAUUCUGUGGUGAAAAUUUUCGAAACUCUGUAGACAUUUUCGCAGUUUACAAUAAGCAUUUGCUUUCGUGUGAAUUGAUACAGCUGAAAAGUGUUGGUAAUAAAGAAAAAUACGUUUCUCAUCUAUAUUCUGAUGUAAAAGGGAUUAUUUUGAUCCCCUCGUGGAAGAGUACGACGCAACAAAGCAACCAGAGACACCCGCUAGCACAGGCUAUUGAAGGACGUAUUCCGAUGAGUAAUGUUUUACAGCAUAAGCAGCGUUGUUUAAUAUGAUUUGCUGACGACAUUCGCUGUAAAAUAAUAAUGAAAUAUUGAGUUACUCCAUCUUAGCCUUAACAUUAGUAAAAAAUCCAACAUUUGUACAGAAUAAUAUAAUCAUAUUUUAUAAAGAAAAUUAGACAAUGUUAUCAAAUUGGAAACUAAAUGCAAAUAUGGCAAAUAUGAAUCCGGAUAGAAGUAAACAGAGCUCACUUCACAUGAUGGGGUCUCAUCUAAACAAACAAUUGCUUAGACCUUUUGAUGGAAAUGGCACCACAUCUUCGAGUGCUAAAAAUUUCAGUACAUUGCCUCUCGGUGGAUUAGUUGGACACAUUUUUCAAAAACUUACAUCGAUAUUGUUGCCUCCUGAUCCUUCUUCAAUGACCUUGGAAAAAAGCAAACAAUCAUUAUCGGCUCCGGACAUAUAUCAUGAUCAUAACAUCAACACUCCAGUUUUCGAAGCAGUUAGUGGUCGAACUAAACUUUUCAUCCCUGGAGGUGAGGAAACCGUUUAUGAAAAUACCAGAUCACUGUCUGCUGGGAGCUCUCCUUUUGAUUGGUGCGAACCGUUUGACGCAAAAUCCCUAAAAAUGCAACCAAAUGUUAAGAAAGGCAGCAAGAAACAAAAACAUUCGAAGGUGCGCAUUGUAGGUAAAGAAAUACACCUUGGUAGAAAAGGAAAAAAAUGUAAAAGUUCGCCCAACCGCUCCAAUAAACCAUGUCCAAAUCCAAAGAAUUUUAAAGAAAAAUACCGACACAACUUGAUGGAUGAUAUUAUGGACGAUCUGGUGGAAAUAUAUGAUAGCGAGAUAGUUUCGGAUAUGGAAGCAGACGAAGAACUUAGCUUGCCUGAAUAUUCCAACUACGGAGCAACAUUCGUUAGUUCCAACCUCAACGAAGAUUUUAAACAAACACCAGAAUGCGAAAGUGAAGAAAGUUUCGUCGUGUUCACCGAUGAUAUUCAAUACAAAACACCUUCGGCCAGCCCUAGGAAAAGUACAAUAUGCGCCACUAUUAACAGCUUUUUCAUUCCGGCAGCAGCUUUCGGGCGACGGCAAACGAGACAGAGACAAAUAUCCGAAUGCAGCGACGAUAGCAUUGUAUUUUGCUACGACGAUCAAGAUGAACCUCCACGCUACUAUCAAACGGAAGUAGAUCUCAGCACAGAUGAAGAAGACGGCGACACCGAUGAAGAGACUACCGAAGAUGAGAGUGAUGAUACGUUAUCUCAUCAACCUGAUUCAGGAUUCGAAGAGAAAAAGGUCCGAUUCAACCCAAAUCCAGAAGUUCACGUGAUGCGGCAGUGGGAUUUUGCGUAUCGACAGGCUCGGAAAGGCGAGUGGGAGAUGGCGGCUAGGGAUCGUGAACGAUUUCGAAAACGUAUCGAUGAAACUGAGAAUAUUUUACGGCCGUUGUUCGACAGCACGUUACGUAGACGAAUCUAUGAGGAAAGAUAUGCUUGUUGAAAUGUAAUAUAGUUGUAAAGUCUUCAGUUGAGCGGCAACAAUAAAAAUGUGAUCAUAAA